CGGACACCGUAGUGCGGCGCUCAAGGGAGAAACAGUUUUUUUUUAUGAUUACUGUUUUUACCUUUAUGUUUGCUUACAUUUUUGAAAGAAACUCCAUUAUUUUGUACGGCUGAUCGGAGCCAGGGCAGAUCGGGACGAUGUCGGACCAUUUGGAAAUGACGGACUUGUACGAUCAAGCAUUACUCGGGAUUCUACAGCACGUCGGCGACAUUCAGAGCUUUCUGCAUGUUUACUUCGGUUUUCUCUACAGAAAAACAGACUUUUUCAGACUGUUAGUCGGCCCCCAGGACAAGAUGGGCUUCCCGCCGGGGGUCGCCGAAAAAAUGAUCCUGAAGACAUUUAAGACCUUUGAGCGAAUUGGCCUGCAGGAUCAUGAAAGGAGAAUGAAGGAAAUGGAGGAGAAGAUUAAAAAGGCAGCACAGGAGGAAGAGGCCAGGAGGACAUUACCACCAGCUACCCAGGAAGUUGUGGUUGAGUCAGUGUCAGAAGAAGUGCCUGCAGUGCAGUCAGAGGAAGAAUGCUCAGCACAGUCAGAAUCUCAAGAACAGCCCAGUCCUGCAGACGUGACUACAGGUGACAAGGAAAGUGUCAGCGAGGAGUCACCUAAGGUUCCAGUUAAUGCUGCAGCUGGAAAUGACAACUUGGAGGAGGGUGAUUUGGAGAAAGUGCAGGCGAUGUUCCAGGCAAACCCUGACAGCUACAAUGGUGCUGUAAGAGAAAACUACAUCUGGUCUCAAGACUACACAGAUCUGGAGAUUAAGGUGCCCGUGCCAGUUACCAUUACUAAGGGCCGACAGGUAUCAGUAAAUCUUCAAAGCAAUUCAAUUCGUGUGGCUGUGCUGGAAGGAGGGAGUGAAAGGAUACUUAUGGAAGGCAAACUCGCUCACAAGAUCAACACUGAGAACUCACUCUGGAGUCUUGAGCCUGGCAAGUGCAUCCUGGUGAACUUGAAUAAAAAUGGAGAAUACUGGUGGCAAGCUGUACUAGAGGGUGAGCAGGCAAUUGACAUUAAUAAGAUCAACCGUGAGCGUUCCAUGGCUACAGUGGAUGAAGAAGAGCACGCAGUGCUGGACCGCCUUACCUUUGAUUACCAUCGUAAGCUGCAAGGCAAGCCACAGAGCCAUGAAAUGAAGGUGCAUGAAAUGUUGAAGAGAGGCUGGGAUGCAGAAGGUUCCCCAUUCAGAGGCCAACAGUUUGACCCCACCAUGUUUGACAUUUCCCCUGGAGCUGUGCAGUUCUGAUAGACGCUGAGACGGCAGUGAGAAUGCUGCCAGUCAGCUGCUUGUCUAAAAACUGUUCUGAUUUAUUAGGACACCCAAGACCUCACACAGGAGCUGUUCAGCUAACUUCAAGGCAAAUGCCAGAAUGCUCCAUUUUUAAGGCUUUUUAUGCUUGAUUGCACAUUACAUUGCUGAGAUUAACAGGGUUCUGUACCGAGAUUCUACACAUGGCCAUUUUCUUGACCUGUUCAAUACCUAAAAAUACACAAAGCCAGGGAAGAGCUGAGGUGGAUACACAGUUAUAAUUUAUUGAUGGAUUAAAAAAACAGUUGGUAUGUGAACGCGUUCAGAAACUGCCUUGUAAAGACGACUUUUGUUCUCUUCAACUGUAAGCUUUCAGUACAGAUAUUCUAGGGCAGUGUGUUUUUUAUGAGCGUGCAAACCAAGAAAGAUGCCUCUGAUGUGACCGCUGGCCAGAUGCAUGGAGUGCCUAAUGGUGACCACAGAUUUUACUGGUAACAUUCACUUCUGCCUUGUAAAUGCAACACGACUACUUUGCAAGUCUUGGUGAAGGGAAAGCAGCACUUUGGAUUUUUUUUCCCUUUUUUUUUAUCAACUAUUUGUGUGAUUUUCUGUAGUUUCUGGGUUUGCAAAUACAUUUAUAUUGUGUUUUGGAAUGAGAUUUUAAUUAUGCUCCACAGCCAGUUCUGUAUUUUUGUGACUUAUUUUAUUGAUAAUUUGUUUUGCUAUUCAAGCAGCACUCCAGUGCCUCAUGAAAAAUGAGGCUGAAUACCUGAAUUGUAACCUUAAUUUCCAUAAUGAAAGUUAACGUGUUUCAGUGCUCUCGGUACCUGGUCUGACUGGGAACAGGAGGCCUCCCACAGAAGCUGUUUGAAAUUCAUGGUGGUGGGAUUUAUUUAUAGCAGAUGGUGUUAAAUGCUCUUUUUAACUGUUUGUGUGUUUUAAACAAUUUGGGGGCCUGGCCUUCACAAUUGAGAACUGGCAAAAGUACGUCCUAGAGAGUGCACAACCACUGUGUGUUUAUCACAAAAAUGAAAGAACAUAAUAAAUAUUUAUCCACUUGUCUUGGUGAAAUGAUAAUGUACCAAAAUUUAAAGUAAGAGGAAAAAGAAAAUACAUUAUAUCUGUGAAAGCACGCUGGGCAAGUUUUUAUUUACUUGGUUGUUAGUAGAAUGGCUCAGAUGAGUGCAUUUGCAUGCACUUUAAUAACCUGCUUUUAAAAAUGCCAUGUAUAUCUUUAUUCUUGUUAGAGGAACUGGGAUAUUGGUCUCUUGAGAAACACAUGUAGAUGAUUUUAUAGUCUUAGUCUGUGUAUUUCCUUGCUUUGCAUACACAUCCCACAGCCAUAGGUAGAAAACAGUGCAAUCAUACGCAAAGAUACAUUUUCGGAGGCAAAUGCUCGUAUAAUCACAUUAUUCCUUCUUUGGGUUGAAGUAAUCUGUCUCAGUAUUUCAGGAAUUGCUAAACUUACGCUUACGUUGAUAAGCUGAACGUACAGUGCUAAGCUCAGCAGCAUGAUCUCAGGAGACACAGGCUCCAUGCUUGUUUUUGGAAUCACGGCUACCGUUGAUGUUUAAUUUCUCAUUCUCACGUUUUUAUGUCAUUGGAGUAUUUUGCUAAAGGUGAGCGCCAUGAGUGGACUAGUGCAUGUGAACGGGGGGUUUAAGAAACAUGUUUUCUGCCUUAGCCGGAUUACUCAUUUUACUCCUGUUUGUGUGUGCAUGUAAACGCACUCAGUGAUGCGGUUGGUGGGACUAGUAAUACUGUUCACACAGGCAGCAAAAUAUACCGUGCAUUCAGUUAGAAGCAUGACAAAGAGGCUAGGGCUCAUGUCCUCCUUGUAUGGAGUUAGCAUGUUCUCCCCAUGUACACUUGGAUUUCCUCUGGGUGCUCUGGUUUCCACCCACAGUCCAAAGACAUGCAGGUUAGGUGGACUGGUGAUGCUAAAUUGGCCCGUGAUGUGUGUUCACCCUGCAGUGUUCUGGUGCUGUGUCCAGGGAUUAUUCCUGCCUUGUGCCUGAUGUGUAUGGAGAUAGGCUCCAGCUUUCCUGCAACCCUGCUCUGGAUAUAGUGGUUUGGAAGAUGAAAGAACCGAAAAAUUGGGUGAAUAGGAUUUGGCUUGUUGAGCUGAACGACCUGUUCUUGAACAAAUUGUUGUUGAUGAACUUUAUAUCAGUUUCUGACCACAAGUGAUCUGCAGCAUGCAGGAACAGCUGCAAGGAAAACCUGACUAUCUAUGUUGCCAAAACCAAAUGCUGUUUCUAGAGAUUUACUUGCAGGUUUUGUACUUUUUUUUUCUUUCUGUAGUAGAGAUCACUAGGGGAAAAAAGAAAAUGAAUGAAGUUCUGCUUGAAAAAACACGACAUCUUCUCUGCAGUUUUUCACUUUGUCCGAUUUCUAUCUCAAGUGAGAAUUGGACUGUCUCUUUACAGAAGGAAAUUGCUUGAUUUUGGGCUGUAUUUCGGCUUCUUCCCUGUUCCAGUUCAUUCUCAAAUGACACACAAUCCUUUUUUUUAAAUUGCGCCACCAGAUUAUAAUUAUAAUAAAAAUUAUGAUUGUGACGUUUAAAGGCUAAAUUCCUGAUUUAGAUAAAGCAAAUGAAGUUGUAAAUUACAGAAUUAUGAGAUUUUUGACCUGAAGGUUAAAUUGGAGCAGGAUUAAAAAAUAAAAUAAAAUUUGUAUGUGAGAAGGCCAACUAGCGUAUCUGUCAGAGGUGUAGAAUUUGUCAAUUUGUGUUCAAUGUAUGCAAAAUUUCUUUAAAAAAGAAAAGUAAGCAACUUGAAUAUAUCACUUUUAUCCAUAUCAUAUGAAAAGUCCAAAUAUGUUUAAACUAGUCUGUUGCAGUGAAUUUUCAAGUUUUUUUCACCUUUUUUAAUUCUGUGUUCUGAAAAGAAUCUCCUCUCUGAUGCACUUUUUAUCUGAGAGUCUAACGCAUCACACCAUUGCUUUGCAGUGCUGACAGUUUUGCUUUUAAUGUGAUGUUUCCAGUAUGGCCAGACUCUGCACUAGCAAGUGACUUUUGUUUUCAUUCUGAGCAGCCUGAACACUGGAAAUCCAGGAUAGUCAGUGCUUUACUUGAAAGGGUAAUUCUUAUUAAGUUAAUAAUGCAGUUGACAGUGUUUUGAUUACAGCCACUUUUUAACGUUUUCCAUUUUAUUGCUUCAAAUAAUUUGCAAUGCAUAUUUAAUGUAGUUUCUGCAUUUUGUGAGUUUAAACAGGCAGUGAUUUCCUGACACCACACCUCUUUGUAACUAAAAUACAUUUUUCUGAUAUUAUUUUCUUUUCUUUCCUGUGAGUAAAUACAUAAGAAGCAUAUUGGAGUGUCUGAUUUUAUAUUUAAAAUUUCAUCAUUAGUAAAAGUGAGUGCAAGUAAA